CUAAAGUCAGGAAGCUGGUUUCCGUCAGGAGCGGCGGAAGUGACGACCACCGGAAGCAGAGAGUCCUUUCCUCCAUAACACCGCUGCUUUUCUAGGGUCCUGGCGGCCUGAGAAGAUGCCUAAGGUGGUCUCCAGGAGCGUGGUGUGCUCCGACACCCGGGACCGGGAGGAGUACGACGACGGCGAGAAGCCGCUCCACGUCUACUACUGCCUCUGUGGCCAGAUGGUUCUGGUUCUGGACUGCCAGCUGGAGAAGCUGCCCAUGCGGCCCCGGGACCGGGCCAGGGUCAUCGACGCCGCCAAACACGCACACAAGUUCUGCAACGUGGAGGAAGAGGAGCAGGCCUUCAUCAAGAGGGCGGAGGGCAUCGAGCGGCAGCACCGCAAGAAGUGCGGGAAGUGCGGGCUGCUGCUGUUCUACCAGCAUCAGGACAAGAACAGCCCGGCCACCUUCAUCGUGGACGGAGCCGUGGUGAAGUUCGGCCAGGGCUUCGGCAACACCAGCGUGUACAGCCAGAAGCCGCCGGAGGCCCCCAAGAAAGUCCGGGUGAUGAUGACCAAGCGGACCAAAGACAUGGGCAAGUUCAGCUCCGUCACCGUGUCCACCAUCGACGAGGAGGAGGAGGAGAUCGAGGCCCGGGAGGUGGCCGACUCCUACGCCCAGAACGCCAAGGUGAUCGAGAAGCAGCUGGAGAGGAAGGGCAUGAGCAAGAGGAGGCUGCAGGAGCUGGCCGAGCUGGAGGCCAAGAAGGCCAAGAUGAAGGGCACGCUCAUCGACAACCAGUUCAAGUAGGAUUAAGGGGGAGAACGGGGAGGUUUCACUGUGGGUCAACCAAGCCUGGAUGUGAUGAUGAUGAUGAUGAUGAUGAUGAUGAUGAUGGACUCUUGGGGCUGGCAGAACAGCCUCACACUCUGAAACCUGCUACGAUGCGUUUAAUGAAAGGGGGGAAAUGGGAUUGUUUUGGAUUUCUGACUGUUGCUUCCCUAGUUUUUGUUUUCUACAAUAAAGUUAAUUUUAAAAACUU